CUGAGCCGUCGGGGGACACCCGCAGCGGGGGAGGAUUCUUCCCGGUGCCAGUGUGGAGGUUUGUGAAAGACACCAUCACAUCUGUUUGAUCCUCACAGCUGUCUGCAUCAGGCAUCACCAUGGCAACACUGUUCAGAAACGUCUCAUCCAAAUACAAGGACAUCAUCUCCAAAAGUACUCUGGUCAGUUCAGGAUCUCCUACUGUCUACCAGCUGACAACAAAGAAAGAGGCGUUUGGAACUAUGACCAAAGUGAUUGUUGGUGAGAAAAAUCAUAAUAAUGAAAACAAAACCAUCUUACUUGUUGGUGAAACAGGAACAGGAAAAUCUUCUCUGAUCAACACUCUGGUCAACUACUCCAUGGGAGUGAAGUUUAAAGACGACAUCUGGUUUGAGAUCGUUGAGAGAGAGAAGAGAAGUCAGACACAAAGUCAGACAUCUGAUGUGACCGUGUACGAGAUCUUUGACUUUAAAGAAAACACUCUGCCCUACUCUCUGACCAUCAUUGAUACUCCUGGAUAUGGAGACACCAGAGGGAUUGAACUUGAUGUCAUCGUCAGUCACAGAUUAUUUGACUUGUUCAGUUCAGAAAAUGGAGUUCAUGAAAUUAAUGCAGUGGGUCUGGUGAUGAAGGCGACAGAGAAUCGUCUGAGUGACCGAUUGAAGUACGUCUUUGAUUCAGUGAUUUCUCUGUUUGGAAGAAAUGUGGAGGAGAACAUCGUCGCUCUCAUCACUCACUCAACUGGAAGAACACCUAAAAAUGCUCUCAAAGCUCUUGAAGAUGCAAAAAUCAAAUGUGCCCGAAAUGAGAAGAAUCAACCUGUUCACUUCCUGUUUGAUAACUGCCAGAAUGAAGACCGAACAGAGGACACAAAGACAGCCUUAGAAAGUGCAUGGGACUUAACAAAUCAAAAAAUGGGUAAAUUCAUAAACUUUCUGGAGACAUCCACACCUCAGAAGCUGGUUUCAACAGUUGAAGUGUUGCAGUCACGCAUCAAGCUGGCAGCCUGCAUUCACAACCUGCAAGACAGAAUCAAAUUGAUCGAACUGAAACAGAAAGAAAUCAAACAGAAUCGAGAAGUUUUGAAGAAACAUGAAAAAGAGAUGAUGAAGAAUGAGAAGUUCAUUGUAGACAUUGAUGAGGCCUACAAAGAUAAAGAAACUACUGAGGGUGGGAGACGUUGGUUGUUUUUUCAUGAAGGAGCUGUCUGCUGUACUGUCUGUGAAGAGACCUGUCACUAUCCAUGCACCCUGGCCCGGACGCCGAAACGCUGUAAAAUCAUGGAACGUGGUCACUGCAUUGUUUGUACCAACAGGUGUCCUGUAUCAGCUCAUGUGAAACAAAACUGGAGGUUUGUGAACAAGACAAAGAAAGUUCAGAAGACUGAAAAACAGAUGAAAGAGAAGUAUGAAAAGAACAAGUCGCAAAGUGAUAGUAAGUUGAGCCUCUUGGAAAAUCUAGAGAAGGAAAUGAGAGAGCUGACGGCAGAGAAGACUCAGUGGCUUGAAGAGGCCUACCGACAUGUUGUCAGACUGGAUCAGAUCGCCCUGAAUGUGGAUUCAGUGUCCACUCAUGUCCACUUGGACUUCCUGAUUGAGAAGAUGAAGGAUAGUGGAGACACAGAAAAGGUCCGGAAAUUGGUGGAGAUGAAAAUUCGAGUGGACAGAAGAGUCCCUGCAGCGCUGCGGUUCGU